AUGCCUUUUGAAUCGAGAAGAAGCGAUAACUUAAGAUUUUACUUAUCUUGGCCAAGUUCGGAAAGAAAUCAUGCCGCUUUAAAAGAUCAAGACGGUGCUUUACGAAGCUUAGCAAAAGAAAACGUUUACGAUACCGAAAGCUUUGCAAAAGAUGGUCAUCUUUAUACUAAAAGAACGAUUAAAGCAAAGAGUCUUCGAAUUAUGCUAAAGCUUUUAUCGGAACAAAUGGUUCAUUAUAACGAAAAAAAAGAAAAGAAAAUACAAGCUGAUCAUUGCCUAUUACAGCAAAAAGAUUCCGAUAAAAAGCGAUAUCUUAUUAAGUUCGAGAAUGGUCUUUGGAACCUUGCAGAAAGCAAGUACGACGCGACUAAGCGAAAAUGCCGCGGUGCUUUAAAAGCUAUGAAAAAGAUGAAAAGCGAAUUAUACGAAGUUCACUUCAUCUUAGAAACCGACGCUAAAGUACUAAUUGAUCAACUUAACGGAUUAGCAAGCGACUUGCUUAAAGCCUUCGUUACGAACUAG